UAUCUAUUAUUUCAUUACAAAUAGUAUAUUAGAGAUUAAUAUACAAUUUUAGUUUUGUAAUUGAGUCUGAUUAAAUCAUUGCAAAAUGUUUCCCAACUUGCUCAGUUGCCUGUUUGGCAUCUCAAUGGUGGCGUUCAAAAACCAACAAAUUGUUCCUGAUCUUAUCGAUACUGUUCCUAAAGAUCUGAUCCAGAUUAAAUACCCGAGUGGUGUGUCCGUGCAAUUAGGCAACGAACUGACCCCGACUCAAGUAAAGGACGAGCCCACUGUCUACUGGCCCACAGAGGUGGGCGCCCUAUACACCCUGGCCAUGAUAGACGUGGACGCCCCCAGUCGGGCCAACCACACGUGGAGGGGUGUGAAGCACUGGUUGGCUGUCAACACACCGCACACUAACACGAAGUUUGCCUACACUUUGGCCGACUAUAUGGGCUCAGGACCACCGAAAGGGUCAGGUCUGCACCGGUAUGUCUUCCUGGCCUACAAACAGGCCCAUAGAAUAGGUGGUAUGGAUCCGGACAAUGACAAUAGACUCAACUUUGACAUCAACGCGUUCGCCAAGCAAUACGACCUUGGUCAACCCAUAGCCGGUAACUUUUUCGUGGCUCAAUGGGAUCAGUCUGUAGAGGACUAA